GACAGAGUAGUCCAGUCAAAUCAUCAGUCACUUCUGAGUAUUUCGUCCCAACAGCAGCCCAGUAAUAAACUUCGCAUCUUUCGGAUUGAUACCUGUUCUAUCAUUCAAGCCAAAAAUAAAAAUACAAAAUGAAAUACUUGGUCGUUUUCGUUGCUGUUUUUGUUGCUGUUUACGCUGCAGAGGACAGCUACACCCGGGACAAACGUGGUUUCGCUAGCGGUGGAUACGGUUCUUCAUCUGGUGGGUCCAGCCAUGGUGGCGGUUCAAGCGGGUACGGAAGCGGAGCAGGUGGGGCUGCAGCCAUCGCCCAGCAGGCAGCCAAUCAGGCUAAAGCGGCUCAGAAUGCCCAAGCUGGAGCUGCUGCCCAGGCAGCUCAACAAGCCACUGCCCAGCUGGCCGCACAGGCCACUCAAGCGGCUCAACAAGCCCAGGCUGUUGUCGCUGCCAAACAAGCUCAGGCCGCACAGAUCUCGCAAGCUGCUCAGGCCGCACAGGCUGCCGCCCAGGCCGAAGCUUCAUUGGCUGCCCAGACCUCUCAGGCCGCUCAGGCUGUAGAAGCCACCCAAACCCAGGCUCUGCAACAGGCUCAAGCUCUUGCUGCGGCUUCCGCUGCAGCUCGUGCUCACGCUUCCACCGCCACUUCAGCCCUUCAAGCUGUCCAAGCUGUUGUGAACGCCCAAUCCCAGAUGGCUUCUCAGGCUCAGUCCAACGCCCAGCAUUUGGCAGCCAAACAACAAGCUUCCCUAUCUGAUCUGGCAGCUGCCCAACAGGCCGCCAACAAGGCAUACGCUGCCGCUCAAGCCGCUCAGGCCAACGUUGUCGGUGCUGGAAGCUACAGCGGUGGUGGUUACAGCAGCGGAGGCAGCAGCAGCAGCGGCAGCAGCAGCAGCAGCCAUUACGGCGGAAGUUCGAGCGGAAGCUCCGGCGCCCGACCCGUCCCCAUCUUGUGCGGAGGUGGAAUUUGUUAAACUUUUCAAACGUUGUUUCUACCUACCCACUCAACUGCAUGGAUGUCGAUUUUUGCAAAAAAAACGUUAGCGUUGAUCGCAUUGACGUUUGAAACAUUAGAAUAGAUCUUUCUAUAUCCCACUAUUUUAUUUAGCCGAGUUUUCAAUUCAUCCCAUAAAAAAUAAAGCAAAAUGAAAAGAA